UAUUUAAAGGCAGAACCUAUUUCCCAUUUGAAGUUAGAUACAAAGAAGCCAAGGAAUAAAAGAAAUUGUUGAUUUCAUCAAAUUCUACCAAAUUUCUGCUUGAAAAUUGGGGAAAAUUUAAGUGAACGUGAAAGGAAUCUCGAAGUAGCAAAAAACCUCAUCUACUAAGCUAAUAAAUUUCUGAUUGAGCGCUAUUGGAUUUUCAGCAGAAACGUUUGAUGUAUUUAGUGUGAUUUGCACGAACGGAUUAUCUUAUAGUUGAGGUGACUAACUGACAGCAGAUGCCUCGAGACUUGUCAAGAUCCCGAUCUCGCUCGCCCUUCUAUAGACGUAGACAUUCGCCAUCUCCUGUAGGGCAUAGGUAUGGAAGGAGGAGCAGAAGGGACAGAAGCCGGUCGCCAUAUUCAUCUUAUUCGUAUAGCAGAAGGAAGAGUCGUUCUAUUAGUCCACGACGCCGCAAAAGUCGUUCUCCAAUUGCAAGACAUCAUAAAAGUCGUUCUCCAACUCCAAAGCGUUUUAAGAGGCAAAGAAGUAGGAGUUCUUCAUUGUCUCCUACUCAUAAAUCAUCUAGCCCAAGUCUUGGGUUGAUAGAGCGCAAAAAUGCUAGUGAGAAAUUGAAAAAACAAGAGGAAGAGAAGAAAAGGCGUCAACAGGAAGCCGAAUUGAAAUUGAUAGAAGAAGAGACCGCAAAGAGAGUGGAAGAAGCAAUUCAGAAAAAAGUGGAAGAGAGCUUGAAUUCUGAGGAACUCAAGCAGGAAAUUCGGAGGCGAUUAGAGGAGGGAAGGAGAAGACUUAAUGAUGAAGUUGCAGCUCAACUUGAAAAAGAAAAGGAAGGUGCUCUUCUUGAGGCUAGGCGAAAAGAGGAGCAAGCUCGAAAAGAGAAAGAAGAGCUGGAAAAGAUGCUUGAAGAGAACCGAAAGAGGGUGGAAGAAGCUCAGAGAAGGGAAGCAGUGGAACAGCAGCAGAGAGAGGAGGAACGUUAUCGGGAAUUAGAGGAGCUUCAAAGACAAAAGGAAGUGGCCAUGAAGAGGAAGAAGCAGCAGGAGGAGGAAGAACGUUUAAAUCAGAUGAAAUUAUUAGGAAAGAACAAAUUAAGACCGAAGUUGUCCUUUGCACUUGGCUCAAAAUGAUUUGCUCGGGAGAAGUUGAUCUUAAGCUGUUCAAAUACAUAUGUGCUGAACUUGCAUUUGUAAUUUGAGGAUGUACCAUAUUUUCAAUUUUUCAAUGCAGUUUUGAAGUUGAAUCCUAA